AUGGAGGUAGAAGAUGCGCCAUUGUUGGAGACAGAGUUGGUGAGAGAGACCACAGAGAAGGUAAACAUUAUUCGGGAAUGUAUUAAGACUGCACAAAGCCGUCAGAAGAGUUACGCUGAUAGAAAACGUAAAGGGGUUGAGUUGAAUGUUGGAGAUUUUGUGUUUUUGAAGGAUUCACCGAUGAAAGGUAUCAUGCGGUUCGGAAAGAAGGGAAAGUUGACACCUAGAUUUGUGGGACCAUACGAGAUCACUGAGAUGAUUGUAUCACCAGAGGUGUUGGAGAUCAGUGAUAAUUUAACGUAUGUGGUGCGACCGGUUACUAUUCUAGACCGGGAUGUAAAACAGUUGCAGAGCAAGAAAGUGAACUUAGUUAAAGUGCAAUGGAGCGAGGAUGAGAAUGAUAUCACUUGGGAAUUAGAAGAGAAAGUUCGGCGUAUGCACCCGAAACUUUUUGCUUAG